AUGACUUCUUUUGGCGACACAAAGCUGCGGAACCUGGGAGACUAUUUUGCAGGUAAUAUAUCCAGAGGAGCUGAUCCUAUGUGGCAGGGAUGGAAGAGAAUAUGGAACAGCUACCGGGCCAAAUACGUAACAUGCAAGAAUGCUAGAAUGACGCCGUUUCUACACAUUGUUUUCCUGUCCAUGGCUUUGAAUUACGCCAUUGACUAUCCUCACUUGAAAGGUAAGUUAGUUUGUUUUCAGGUUUAUCGAAGGAAGACUUCAAUAUAUCAGAAUGAGGCCCAGUGCUGUCAACUCUCUCCCGGUCUCCAGAUUAGAGUCUGAUAUCUCCCGGAUAAGCGCCAAAGUUGCUAUUUCUUGUAGACUCCACUUUCCGACAAUAAAAUUUCAAUUAUUUUGUGUAGUUUGAGCUACUGAUAACAUCGAACAUUUCCUCAUAAAUUCUAAAUAUGAACUGUUUAUGUGCUAUAUCAACUAGCAUUUUGAACACAAAUGACGUCAUCUGUCUCGCAAUAUGAUGUCAUCUAUCUCUUCUUUCCUGUCAAUUCUCAAUAUAUGAUGACAUGGCAGGUUGACAGCCCUGAGAAUCGAUGCUAGUUUAGGCAGUUAAUGUAAUAGGCACAAGUAGAGGGACAUGAUAAGGGGUUUUUUUUCCAAUGGUACAGAGCCACUGUAACUUCUGGAUCCCUCACCCUGCAACUAAUCUUUUCUCAGAAUUUGCUGGAGGUGGCUGGCUCGGUUUAAACUUUCUCUUUUAACAGGGAGUUUAAGAUGCGACUUUGGCAACAAUGUAAGAACAUCAAAAAAGUAAUAUAGGUUUGAUAAGCAACAAAACAACUUUGCACAUGCACAUGCACAGUGUGCAAAGAAAUUAGUGUCCGAUAGCCCAGAGCUAGUGGACAUUGCUACUGGGCUAGUAAAUUCUGUUCUUAAUGUAUCGGUCAAAUCGAAGCUUCAACAUGCCCCCCCCCCGAGCAACCCCCUGGGCAUUUGACUUUUUUGAAAAUUAUUGUCCAAAUUCCCCCCUACCCAGGCCAAAAUGCCGUUCAAAUGUCCCACACUAGGGUCCAUUCAGGUGAUCAAAUGCCCCCACCCUGGGGACAUUUCACAGGCACAAAAAUGACAGAAGGAUGGUGGAAACGCCUUAAGUUGUCAAACAAAAUUUUUAUAAAUAUAACAAAACUGAGAAACACUGUUAGCGUAUUUACUACGAACAAAAGUCUCGUGGAAAGCGGCGGAAAUCGCUGCUACAAGGUCACUGAAUGCUCAGCUUUUCUUCAUCAUGCAACAUCCCGCAAAGCGUUCUAUUAAAAAAGAUCCCACCUAUUAAGAUUACUACAUCAUGACUAUUUCACUGACAUGCAUCAUUGCUCACCUUAUUAAUUAACAUACUUGCAAUAGGUCAAAGUAGUUGACCUGAGCUUUUUAUUUUAUUUUAUCGCCGGUAUAGGUAUUGUAUUUCAUUGUAAACACAACAAUAAAAUACAUUCAUACAUUCAAAGCCUGCAUCCAAUUAAAAAUUUUGAAAUUCAAAUACGGCACAAAGCUUGUUUAAGCCCUCUCCUCGUAACCAAUUGGCCAAAAAAGGCACAAUCUUUUCCAUGAAAAUACUCUAACACCCCGUUCCCCAUGAUAGCUCGCCACGCCAAAGAUUUUACAUCAAAUCGAGUUUGCAGUUCAAAUUCCCCACCCCUAAAGCAUGGGGAUCAAAUUCCCCCCCCACUGGAAGACUCUGAUAAUCAAAUUCCCUCCUCCCCGGGCCGGCAAAGGUGUCAAAUGCCCGGGGUAUGCCCGGGGGGGGGGCAUGUUGAAGCUUCGAUUUGACCGAUACAUAACUUGCCGAAUGGGCCAGGGAAGUUUUUUGGGAAAUUCAAAUUACAGAAAAACUGACAAAUCCUGUUGAUCAAAACAAAUGUUGGCAAAAUUCACUUUCUCUUCCUGAAAUUGGAUAAAGUUCUUAGGAAUUCAACUCCAGGCCCCAGUUUGAACAUUGGAUGGCGCUAUUCACUAGGGCCUGGUUCCUGAAAAGGCCGAUUAGCACUAAUCAAGGAUUAAAAUUUCGUUCCACUUUUUGUAUUUACCAUUCUGUGCAUUUCUUAGAGUAAAAUUUUGUGUUAUUAUUUCUUUUUCUCGACGUAAAGGCACAACAGUAUUUCAUAAGCUCAGUUACAUGUUCUUAGACAAAAAAGCCUUGCUUAAAAUUUGGCUUAAUCCUGGGUUAAACUUAACCAUCUUUCAAGGAACCAGGCCCAGAUAAAUCACUACUCGGCAGAAACAGUAGCCUUAUCCCCCUUUUGAACAAGUGGGGCUAGGAGAGUUUCCUACAUUUGACAAAGUAGGUGAUUUCACAUAAUUGCGAUGAAGAUUGAAAGAACACAAAACACUUUUUCGAUGAUAUUUUCACUACGGUAACCAUUGUGGUAUAUUUAACCCCCCAAUGUUAGUUCUAGGGUGGAGGGCUGGGUGGAGUGUGUCACUCUUUCGAAGUUGGCAGAAAGAGCCAUCCCCUGUUGGGAGAUUUUCACACCAUGAUUGACACCAGGAUGCAGUUGCUAUAAAGGUGGAUAAAUUUUAUUUAACAGAUAAAUCUCCAUCCAGUGAAUGGUGCAAUUGGUUUUCCUAAUACUUAUCCAUGGGAUAGUGAAUUAUUGGGUGGAUAGCACUAUUCAGUGUUUAAAUGGCUGAGGCUAAGCAGAUAAACAUUUACUCUUAUGUUAAGGUGGCUGUAAUCAACUUCAACUUCAACUUCAACUUUAUUUCAUAAGACUAUUGGUUACAAUAGACUGGCCCGCUAAAUAGCAAUUGCUAAUCUAGGCGGACCAGUUAAAAGAAAAAUAAAUUGAAAGGAAAAGGAAGGAAAACUACAAUUUUAAGUUACAAUAAAUAAUAUUCUAUCACAGUUUUAUUUUAAUUACAUUAAAUCUGAACAAGCAAACAAAACAAAUACUUUAAUACAGAAAUCACUAAACUAUUAAUCGAACUUUUUCAACUAUUAAGGGCGUCUCAAUAUAGUCAUCUUCUCUUUUUAAGAUAUCCGACAGCAAUCUGUGAAGUACUUUCCUAAAUUUCUUUUUAGGAAGAUGACCUCCUUUUUUCUGGGAAUGAUCAAUUUCAUUUGCUGUGGAUUAACUGAAAUUGUUAAAUUGCCCUGGUUUAUGCCCCUCCCCUUCGCCUGAUGCUUGCAUAAUGCCUUUUGUGGCAUAGGUGCAUCGACCUUAAAUAAUUCUACCUAAAAUACAAUAUACAAACUCAAGUCCUUUCUGUCAGUGAGGGAAACUUUGUACAGCACUUGCAUGUUGUUUUGCACCUUCCUGAAACUUAAAAAUUGUUUGUGUGUGUAAAAUUCUAUUUUAUUUGUUUUUUCAAAGCACAUUCUCUGUGGAGGAAGUAUCACUGAAAACUGUGUAAAGUUCUUGGUCUCAGUUCAAUUCUAUGCUGGUUUGCAAGAUGACAAGUGCAGUGGACUUAUUUUUUUUGUGUGUAAUUAA